AUGACAUCGUUCCCGCUUAGUCACAGUUUAAAGCGUGUGACUAAGCGGUCCAUUGCCCGAGGCCGGUCCCAAGCAUCACCCCAGCUUGCAGAACCACGGGUUUCCACUGGCGUCGCAUUCUACUUCAACCAAUUCGGGAGCUGCAGGCGCUGUGAGGGACUCGCCAUGGAUGCGCCUGGCGCGACAUCGCCGGACGAAAGUGCCGUGGAACGGAGCUCUACCGACACUGUACUAAGCCGAUCAUCCACAGACACAAUCCAAGAGACCCAGGACCAAAGCGUUCAAGAUAGCCAUAGCUCUAGUAGCAGUGGCGAUGAGGAAGAGGAUGAAGAGGCUGGGGAUGAGGACGAUUCCGACGACGAUGAGGAGCCCCGCCUGAAGUAUGCAUACCUCACGAAGCACUUGGGGUCAGUCUAUCGCAAUGGAGAUGCCACGAGCUCUUUCCUAGUUGCAGGAGACAAGAUGGUAGUGGGAACACAUAACGGAAACGUCCACGUCCUGUCUCUACCACUUCUGAAGUCUCUCCGGGUCUAUCAUGCACAUUCAGCGAGUGUCACGUCUAUAUCCGUAUCGCCUUUUCCGCCACCGCUCCCGAACCUCAAGCCAGACAUACUCGGUAAACAGACAUCAGAAGACCCUCGGCCACCUACACGGUCAUCUACUACAACUGGUAGUAUCCGCGGACAAGCAAGAUUGCCAAACCCUCCUUCGGUUCCUCCAACACCAUCCAAUUCGAUCUAUAUCGGAACAUCUUCAAUUGACGGCAAUGUGUGCAUCUCCUCGUUGGUAGAUCCCAAGGAUGUCAUGCUACGCAAUUUCGGCCGACCAGUGCAGUCUGUCGCUUUGUCACCAGACUACAAAAGUGAUCGGACCUUCCUGUCAGGCGGCCGGGCUGGUGAAUUGGUCUUGACCACGGGUGGCCGAAUUGGAGCGUCGUCCAAUUCUACAACAAUGGGUGGUGCCGCUGCAACAGCGUCAAGCUGGCUCGGAUCCAUGGGCUUGGCGUCUAACAGCGGGAAAGACACGGUCAUACACAGUGGUGAAGGGGCUAUAAGCACCAUUAGAUGGUCUUUAUCGGGCAAAUACGUAGUCUGGGUCAAUGAAGAAGGCAUCAAGAUCAUGCGUUCCAAUUUGCAUCUAGACUCCUCGGAGACCGAGUUCGCCUGGAAAAGAAUCAGCCACAUUGACCGCCCGAAUCGGCCUGGUUGGGAUGAAAUGUCCAGUGUCUGGAAGGCCCGCGCAGAAUGGAUUGACCAGUCUUCUUUGGACGACCAUGACCAUCUUAACCCCGAAGAUGGAAUCGAGACCGCCGGGACGAAAUCACCUAAGCCUAGCGAAAAGGUGGAAAAGUUGGUGGUUGGCUGGGGAGGGACCGUCUGGGUUAUUGAUGUCUACCCUGAAAGGGCAAGCAAAUCCUCCAAGGGUGAGAAACUUGGAUCCGCAGAGGUUGUCACCAUAUUACGAACUGACUGCGUGGUAUCGGGCAUUUCGCUGUACACGCCCCGUCUUCUCGUCAUUCUCGCAUAUAUGGAAUCCGAAGGAGAAAGUAGAUCGAACGGAACGGAUACCGGACGCCACAAUCGGCAACGGGGCCUUGAGCCGGAGCUUCGCGUGAUUGACAUCGAAACCAAAGAAGAAAUCAGCGCUGAUACUCUUUCCAUCAAUCGGUUUGAAGGACUCUCGGCAUCUGAUUAUCACUUGAGCGUUCUCCCGCCGUGGAAGACAACCGAGGGCCAGGUGGUCCAGCGUGGAGCUCUAGGAGCCCUGGGGUAUGGGUUAUUGGAUGCCACCAUGUACUCAGCUCGGCUCUUCAGCUCAGGCGCUAGCAUCCGCAGUACCACCAGCAGCGGCGACAAGGGCUCGAGCAGAGCCCCGCCUUCUUUCAGGUCCAGGUCCACCUAUGGCGACGAUUCCAUCCCAAAAGAGGUUCAAGAAGUUUCAGGUGCCCCUGGUGCCAAGAUCUUCGUCCACAGUCCAUAUGACUGCGUGGUUGCUGUCAAAAGGGACCUUGCUGAUCGUUUGGCCUGGUUAGAUAUGCAUGGCCAGUACGAGGAGGCAUGGAGUUUAGUGGAUAAGCAUCCCGAAGCCGCGGGUUCAGCGCCUGAUGUCAGCGAUAUUAUUUCCGAGGCUGCUGGCAGAUCACAAACUAGCCUUGGUGAUUUCUUUGCCGACGACAGAUCAUCCAUGACAACGACCGGGCAGCCAAAGGUCUCUGCCGCUGAGCAAGAAAAGGCUCGCCUCGGAGAACUCUGGGUCAAACAGCUUGUGGCGCAGGAGAAAUGGACUGAAGCAGUCAGAGUCUGCGGCAAAGUGAUUCGUAAUGCUCCACAGUGGGAGCAUUGGGCAUGGAUUUUCAUCAACAAUGAUCGACUUGAUGAGAUUACGCCCCAUAUUCCGGUUGAUUUGAACCCACCUUUAUCCGCCGUGGUAUACGAAGCCAUUCUCCUUCAUUACGUGUCCCGAGAUUUGGACAAGCUCAAAGAGUUGAUCGAAACAUGGCCUUCAGAUCUGUUCGAUUCAAGCACAAUCACAGAAGCCAUCGAAGCUCGACUGAACACGGAGUCUAUGAAAGUUGAUUCUGAGGACUGGCGAACACUUACGGAUUGUCUCGCCAAAUUAUUCUUGGUUGGAGGGCAUUACCGCGAAGCUUUGCGUUGCUACAUUCGACUAAAAGACGCAGACGCAGCGAUGUCCUUAGUCCGCGAACACCGCUUGCUGGAUGCAGUCACCGAUGACAUUCCGGCAUUCAUCACGAUCCGAGUUUCUAAAGCGCAGAUGAAGUCAGCCCGGAAGUCGGAGUUAGAGGAGCUGACCUCCGAACCUACCCGCCUACUCGUCAGCGAAGCAUACACAGGAAUUGUCCUCCCUGAGACUGUGGUUUCGCAAUUGAUUGACGAGGACCGACAUCUGUUUCUCUAUUUCUAUCUCCGUGCGCUCUGGCGUGGCGAGUCAUUGCCCCAUGGUGGUCCCAAACCUCGCAGAGGACGUGGGGCUCAUGCUCGAGACGCGGCUAGCAAGCUUGCUGCCGAUGAAGGCAAAGCCUUGAUCGACAAUUUCGCCGACACGACCGUUGAGGUCUUUGCUGAUUACGACAGGCCUCUUCUGAUGGAAUUCCUGCAAAACAGCAUUUCAUAUUCCUUUGAGAAAGCAACACAAAUCUGCGAAGAGCACAAGUUCACAUCUGAGUUGAUUUAUCUACUCUCAAAGAUGGGUCAAACUAAACGUGCCCUAAAUUUGAUUCUGUCAGACCUCAAGGACGUUUCCCAGGCCAUAUCAUUUGCCAAAUCCCAAGAGGAUCCAGACCUUUGGGAAGAUCUACUGGAUUAUUCCAUGGACAAGCCGAAAUUCAUCCACGGCCUCCUAGUCGAGGCCGGGACGGCCAUUGAUCCCAUCAAAUUGGUGCGCCGAAUUCCAAGCGGGCUGGAAAUCGAAGGACUCAGAGAGGGCCUGACUCGCUUGAUCCGCGAACACGACCUCCAGGCUAGUAUCAGCCAAGGCGCAGCCCGAGUCAUGCAAAGUGAGGUCGCUCUCGGCAUGGACUCCCUGCGCAAAGGUCAGCGCCGCGGAAUCAAAUUCGAUGUCCACGAAGAUGGAGAGCAGGAUGCCAACCAAACACCGACAAUCAAGACCAAAAACCAGGAUCAAGUAUCCGAAACUAGGGGUAAAAGAUUUGCGGCUCCCGGGCAAGGCAAAUGCGGCGGAUGCAACACUGCUUUCUGUGCAAACGAGCGAGAAAUCCUUGUUGGAUUUGCGUGUGGCCACAUCUUCCAUCUUUCCCACCUGCAUGCAGAUACAUCUCAAUCUGGCACGAACAGUCGCGAUCAAUCUAAAGACCACACACCUCGGCCCAUGUCACCGGUCGACGAAUCCUCAGCCACUGCUUCUCGCAGCAUCGGCCCCAAAGUGACGACGGCACGAAUCUUGCGUGAUAAGAUUGGCAGUGGAUGUCGGAUUUGCGCGUUGACAAGAGAGAUUGAAUCACUCGGGGACUCUGAGUCUUGA